AUACAAUUUGCUAAGCUGCAUAUCCUUUUGAAUGCACAAGAUGGCAAAGUCGCAUGUAGUUUCCAAUGUCCCUUCUGUAGUUUCCAAGUUACUACUAUUGGGUAUCCUCAUGGCUACCAUUACCACAACAGGUGCCCAGAUUGGUGUUUGUUAUGGAGAUGUUGCAGACAACUUACCCCCCGCAAGAGAAGUAAUAUCACUUUACAACCAAAAUAACAUCAAAAGGAUGAGGAUUUAUUAUCCUAAACGUGAUGCUCUCGAAGCUCUUAGAGGCUCCAACAUCGAGCUCAUGCUUGGUGUCGAAAACGAACGCCUUCAGGCAAUUGCUUCUAACCAGGCCAGUGCUGAUGACUGGGUCCAAAGAAAUGUGGUAGCUUAUGGAAAUGUCAAUAUCAAAUACCUUGCGGUUGGGAAUGAAAUAGAAUCAGGUCCCUUUGCACAAUAUGUUGGCCCUGCCAUGGAGAAAAUCCAAAAUGCAAUUUCCAGGGCUGGUCUUGCAAACAGAAUCAAAGUCUCCACGGCUGUUCAUCCUGUAAUUCUCCAAGAAUCGUACCCUCCAUCAAAAGGAUCAUUCCGGCAGGACCACAGAGCAUUUCUUGAUCCUGUCAUCGGUUUCCUAGUCCGAAAUAAAUCUCCAUUGCUUCUAAAUAUGUACCCUUACUUUAGCUACAUUUCAAACCGAGGAAGCAUUAGCCUUCAGUAUGCUGUUUUUACAUCUCCAUCAGUUGUGGUUCAAGAUGGACAAUAUGGCUACCAGAACCUGUUUGAUGCACUUCUUGAUGCACAUUACGCUGCGUUAGAGAAGGCCGGCGGUGGUUCUUUGAGAAUAGUAGUAUCGGAGACUGGUUGGCCCUCCGCUGGUGGUGAUGGUCAAGUAACUACAAAGGAGAAUGCGAGAGUUUACAACUCGAAUGUGAUCAAGCAUGUCAAGGGUGGUACACCAAGGAGACCUGGAUCUCCAAUUGAAACCUACUUGUUUGCCAUGUUCAAUGAGAACCUAAAACGUGGAGACAGGACUGAGAAUAAUUUCGGCCUCUUUUACCCAAACAAAAGUCCUGUUUAUCCUCCCAUCAACUUCAACUGAGAGUACGUUCUCUAUAACUAGGUAUAUAAGCACGUACUUCUGUUGUGAAACGAUGCUUACGCAGAAAUAAAAACUAGGUUUUCCUAGUUAGUUGGCAAUAGCAAAACAUACGUAUGUUGUAU